CCAGCACAGCCAGACAGUUCAAUCCAAGUCAAGUCAGUGACCGGUUGGUGAAGAUUUGUGUGGCUUGCGGAUGUCGUCUGUACGCGAAUGUACUUUGGGUGGAAAUUUUAAGGGUGUUUAAUUGAUCUGACUAGUGGGAGUGCAAUAAAUUUAAACGAUUCAGAGGAUGUUAUCACCGAUUGUUCAGUUGCGGAGUACAACUGCGCUUUCGAGCGUGAUUACUGCUCGAAAAUGUUCAGCUGAUAGCCAGAAAACCCCACGCCCGUUCAACGAGAUGCCCGGUCCACGUGGUCCAUUCGGAUUAGGAAACUUAUACCAAUACCUUCCAGGAAUCGGCAAGUACAGCUUCGACGCGCUGCACGAGUCCGGCGCCGACAAGUACGCCCGCUGGGGACCAAUUGUCCGCGAGACCAUGGUUCCCGGCCAGGACAUCGUUUGGCUUUACGAUCCGGCCGACAUCGCCACUGUACUGAAUGACAAAACGCCCGGAAUUUACCCGUCGCGACGCAGCCACACCGCCCUUGCCAAGUACCGGAAGGAUCGGCCGAACGUGUAUCGUACCGCUGGACUGCUGCCCACAAACGGAAUCGACUGGUGGAAGAUCCGGUCAGAGCUGCAAAAGGGCCUGAGCUCACCGCAGAGCGUCCGGAAUUUUCUCCCGUUGACGGACCAGGUCACGAAGGAAUUUGUAGCCAGCGUGAAGCAGACAGAGAGCAAGGAUUCCGUUCCGGAUUUUAUGCCCGGAAUAUCUCGGUUGAACCUCGAGUUAAUCUGCCUGUUAGCGUUCGACGUCCGGUUGGACAGCUUCUCCGAAGCGGAAUUGCGACCAGAUUCCGUCUCUUCCCGGCUAAUGAACGCGGCGGAAGUGACAAACGAUAGCAUACUACCAACCGAUCAGGGCUUCCAGCUUUGGAGAUUUUUCGAAACACGUGCCUACCGGAAGCUUCGCAAGUCGCAAGAGUUUAUGGAAAAGACCGCCAUCGACUUGGUGUCGCAAAAGUUGCUGUACUUUGACGAAGAUCGCCAGAAGUUAGCAUCCGGGCAGCACAAGUCCCGCUCACUGUUGGAGGAAUACCUGCGAAAUCCGGCACUAGAUUUGCACGAUAUUAUCGGGAUGGCUGCGGAUCUGUUGCUAGCGGGAGUUCAUACGAGUGCCUAUACGACGUCGUUUGCCCUGUAUCAUUUGUGCCAUAAUCCGGAAGCGCAGGAGAAGCUGUUCCGGGAAGCUUGUAAGAUUCUGCCCGAUCCGUGGGAGAACUGCGUGGAGGCAGCCGCACUGAAUUCCGAAGCCUCCUACUGCCGCGCGGUCCUCAAGGAAUCCCUCCGACUGAACCCGAUCUCCGUCGGCGUCGGCCGUAUCCUGAACAAGGACGCCACCCUGGGCGGCUACCACGUGCCCAAGGGAACCGUCGUGGUCACCCAGAACAUGAUCGCAAGCCGGCAGGCGAAAUACUUUAGCAAUCCCGACCAGUUCGUGCCGGAACGGUGGAUGCGGGACAGCCGCGAGCAGGUCAACCCGUACCUGGUGCUCCCGUUUGGCCACGGCAUGAGGGCGUGCAUUGCGCGGCGAAUGGCCGAGCAGAACAUUCUGGUGCUGCUGCUGAGGUUGAUUCGAUCGUUCGAAAUCGAGUGGGCCGGACGAAUACCAAUGGACGUGGAGACGAAACUGAUCAAUCAACCAGAUCAACCGAUAAGAGUCAAGUUCCGAGCACGGAAGGCAUGAUUGUGAAGAUUAUAAUAAAGUGUCAUCAUCGUUUUAAAUUAUCAAACAGUUUGAC